UGCAACAGUAACAUCAAAAAGUACUUCGCUUUUUUUCAAAUCAAGGAAUAACACCAUGAACUUCUACAAGAUCUUCGUCUUCGUGGCCCUCAUCCUGGCCAUCAGCAUAGGACAAUCGGAGGCUGGCUGGCUGAAGAAAAUUGGAAAGAAGAUUGAGCGUGUUGGCCAGCACACUCGAGAUGCCACCAUCCAAGGACUGGGAAUUGCUCAACAAGCUGCGAAUGUGGCAGCAACUGCCCGUGGUUAACGGUCAUAAUAAGCUAUAAACUGAUUACCAUUUACAUAAAGUCUUAUUUAUUCUACUCUGCUAAGCAAAUAAAAUAUUUGAAAAUGUAAA